AACCUCGACCGAUCUGUCCGACUCCGAUCUCUCUCCGAGUCCACUCCAAGCCUUUUCCUCCGCCUUCUCGCCAUGGCGCCGCCCUGCCGCUCUCUACUCGCCCUCGCCGCUCUCCUACUUCUCUCUCUUUCCCUUGCCGCCGCCGCCUUCCAGUCCGACGAGCUCCUCCUCAACGACGACGACGAGUUCGAGGGCGUCGGCGCCCGCCCCUCCGUUCCCUCCCCGCCGGCGGCCCCGGCGAUCUCCUCCUCCCGCCGCAGAUCCGCGGACGCGCCGUUGCCCGGGGCAGGCGAGUCCAACGCAGUGCAGUUCACGCUCGAGCACGACCUUGGCGACGGCAAGGGCUUCGUCCCAGCUGGAACCUUCUCGGCCCGCCUCAAGACCUUCGCCCACGGCACGCAGACCCUCACUAAGCUUCGCUUUACAAGGAAUGAUUUAAAUGAGGAUGAUAAAGUGGCUUUCAAGAAACUGCUUCAGGAAGAUGGCUUUUAUACAAUUAGGCUGCCAUCUAAUGUGUUGGACACUACAAAGAAACAUAAUGUUGCUUCUUCAAUCAAAGCUAGAUGCAUUCCACGUGACAGUUUGGAUGAACACAUUGUUAUCCACAUGGAUGGUGUAAAUAUUUUGGCAGUCAAUUAUGGCUCUGUUGGUGGAUGCCAAUACCCUAGGCCAAUGAAAUUGCCAUCAAAAUGGACAUUCAGCUCUUACACUAUCCUGAAGACUGCUGAACAGGCACCAAGAACCCCAUCAUUUGCAGAUCAGUUAAUAGAAGCUGACAAUGGUCUUGGCGAAGUAAUGAAACCACCUGAGAAAUCUUUCUGGGCUAAAUAUUGGAUGUACAUCAUUCCGCUUGGUCUUAUUGUCAUGAAUGCUGUUACGGCAGCUGCCAAUAUACCAGAGGAAGCUGCAGGGCAGGGCCAACCUGGAGCACAACGGGCACCUGCUGCUGCUGCCGGGAGGAGAAGAUGAUGGCUGCCUCUAUGUUUUCCCAUACCACAGAUUCAGGGGUAAUGGUAGGAGAUUGAACCUGUCUGUACCUGGCCAGAAGAACUGGAGCUGUACUUACACGACUCAUACAAUAGUGCGCUGAUGGGCUCUUUCUUUCUUUUCCCUGGUUGUAUUGAGCUGCUCUGUUUAUAGCAGAAUCACCUUCAAUGGUGUGGUUAAACACAUUUGUUGUUGAGAAGCUGCAAUCAAUCUUUAACACAGUUCAAAUUGUAUGUUUUGAUAUUAAGUAGUUUGAUAUACGGAAUUUUUGUGCUGGAUGCAUAGUUAGAUCA